AUGUCCUCAAUCAACUCUGCAUCACUUAUUAUAUUCAUCUACUGUAUUCUAUUUCAAUUGUCUUUUAUUGAUUGUCGUCCUCACAACCAGAGACUACUUGUUCAAGGCCACCAAUGGACAGUACCAGAUGAGCCUGGUUGGGAAGAUGUUUUAAAAGAAGCUGAACCUGUUCGUUCUAAAUUCUUGAGUAAUUGCGCAUCAAGUCGGGAAUGUCGAUUGGCUGUUGAUUUAUUACGAAAAAUAUUUUUAAAGCACAAAGUCUCUGCAAAAUAUUACGCCGAGUCAAAUCGCAAUGAAGCUGGACCUAGUGAGAUGGAUUCGAUCUUUAAAUGGGGCUAA